AUGGACAAUUCUGAGUUAUAUGAGAUACAAUAUAUAUUCGGGUCUCAAAUUCUGGAGAACAAAAUGCAAUACUGUGUUAAAUGGAAAAAUUAUCCUAAGUCUUAAAGAACAUGGGAGCCGAUUGAGAAUUUAGGAAUUCAUAACAUAUCCUCAGUUCGUAGAUAUUAGAGACAUGCAGACUAUUAUCUAUUCUAUUAGUUUAUUUAUGAAGAAUAGGUACAAGGAUAUAGAGUACAUUAAAAAUAUAAUACACUUGAAAAAAUUAAAGUAAUACCAGAUCAAUAAGAAGAAGAAAAAAUAGACUAAGCCAAUAGUGAUAAGCUUAAUACAACACUAAAGGAAACUUAAAAUAUAGACAAUAUGAAAUCGAUAUCUACACCUAAUGAAACAGUAAAAAAGAUUACAAGAUCUACAAGAAAACAGAUUUAACAAUAACAAGAAGAUGGAUCACAUUCAGAUUCUAAGGAUUCAGAUUUUGGUAAAAAGAGUAGGAAAUCAAAAUCUAAAGCUAAAUCUUCUUAAUCCAGAAAGAAAUCUCCAAAUUCUGUAGGAGAUAAAUCUAAUCAAACAUAACCAAAGAAAUCAUAACUUAUUAAAUAGGAAUAAAUUGAAACUGAUGAAAUCAAUUAAGUAUAACCUAAAUCUUAAGAAAGAUAGAAUAUUAAUGGAUAAGAUAAACCAAAUGAUGAUAACUUAAGUGAUAAUUCAUAAUCACCAAAAGAAUAAUCUAAAGUUUAGACAAGAUUAAGAAAUGUUAAGAAUUAAAAAUAUAUUGAAUCAAUCAAAUCAACUACCUAUUUUAAUUAAGUUAGAAAAAUUAUUCAAUCUUUGAAUGAAGAUGAAAAAUCCAUUGUUACAUCUCAUAUUAAUGAAAAAAUGAAAGAUAAUAUAUUUGAAAAUCUUGGGGCUUUAUGUAUUUUGGAUUAUAUGUAAAGAAGAGAUUAAGUAUUGAAUGAAAUCAAAUAGUAAGAAUAUGUUUCUCCUUUAAAAGGGGAAAAUAUUCAUUUAUUCAAUAAAAAAACUAAGAAGAAUAAAAAAUUAGAAAAAUCAUCUAUUAAAAUGGAAUCUUAAAGAUCUACAGACAUAGCUUGUCAUCCUAACUCUAAAAGACUUGUUAGAUUAUCAGCCUUUGAAUAAAAAAAAAAAAUUAUGAAGAAGAAAGAUGAUCAAUGCCAUAUGGCUGAUUUCAUGGCUUCUAUUAAUCAAUAUCCAUAAUUUGGGAUUGUUUCUACUGAAAUAGAUUCAUACAAUUAAUAUGGAUAAAUUGGAUUCUAAAUUGGAGAAGAAAUAACUGGACAUUAUUAUGGAAUUAAUGCAAAUGGAAUAAGUAAACCUAUCCUUUAAUUAUAUUUUAUCAUGAAAUUUAGAAGAGAAGGAGAUAAAACAUUUUUAUACAAUCAUGUUACAUAAGCUGAAUGUUACCUCUAUGAAAAAGACUUACUAUAUGAUUAUGUCUAUAAGAAUUAGCAUUUACUACCUGAGAUGUAUAAUGAACUUAUUGUUAAAAGUGUUUAUAAUUAAUAAUGA